AUGCAAGAAUUGUUGAAAUUCAAGCCCAACCCGAUGAAGAAAGACAGAAUGCUGACAGAAGUCCAAUUCAACUUAGAUGAAGCAAAUAACACUAAAGAAAAGUUGACUAAAAAGGCGAAUGACUUGUCUGUCCAAGUUGAUCAACUCACCAACGAGAAGAAGAAGAAUGAAAAGGAUUUGGAGGAAAUGGACAAAAUGAUCAACGACUUGAAUGCCGAAGUUGACAAUGCACAGAAACAACUUGACACUGCAAAUGAUGACAAAGAUGGCAAUGAAGCGAUGAAACAGAAAUACAAAGACGAACUGAUGAGUGUUAGAACUGAACUUGAUCAAGAAAAGAAAGACCAUUCCAAGACCCAAUUGAUGAAAGGAAAGUACGAGAAGGAUAUCGCUGAAAUCACAGUCAGAGCUGAAACCCUUGAGAAGAAAGUCCAGAUGGCUGAACAAGAGAAGGUCAAGACUCUGAGAGAUAAUAAGGCUGCUUCUGAAGAAUUGAUGAGAACAAAGACAGAACUCGACGAGAAACAAGACGAAUGCGACAAACUUGAAGAUGAUAUGUCUGAGAUGAAGACUGAAUUGGAAGCCCUUGAACAAGCUGCGAAGACUUAUAAACAGUCGAAGAACACUUACGAGAAGAAAUUGACUGAAUUGAAUGAGCAACUUGAUCUUGAAAGAAUAACUGCCCAACAGGCUAAAGCACAGAAGAAGAGCAAUGCAGACAAACUCAGAGAAGUGAAAACGAAUUCGAAGGAACUUGAGAAGGAGAGAGCAAUGAAACAAGAAGCCGACAAGGAAACUCAAAAACUUAGAGCUAAAGUCACUGAUUCAGAAGCUAAAUUGGUGGAUGCUAGUGCUACUGGAGCUUCUAUUGCUAAAUUGAAAGCGAAAUAUGAAACAGAAUUGGAAGGAAUCGAAACAGAAAAGGAAGAAGCACAAAACGCGGCUGCUAAAGCUAAGAAACAAGCUAAACAGUAUGCUAAAAAGGUUGAAGAGGCUGAAAGAAAGCUUGCAGAAUUCGAACAGAAGGAGUCUACAUUCAACACUCAUAUUGGUAAGACACAAGCCGUUUGA